CAAUUUCAGUAUUGCAAAUGCCAAUUUUGGCACAAUCAGUUGGCAAUUGGCAAGAAGAGUCCUAGGCUCCUGUCUCCGAUGAACUCCAAGUGCUCCUAAGUAGUAUCAUUUCGGAUUUUGGAAUAGGAUUUGGUGUCAUAAACUCCAAGUGGUUAUGAUGAUGGAACUCCAGUAAACAUUGCAGCUGUUCAACCAAAAGCUAUAGGAAUCUCAGGACCCUCCAAGAAUAAUUAUGCUCAAAGCAAUGUGGUUUCACUAUUCAACAAAAUGAAGUCGGCUCAAUCAAGCUCAAAGCCAUCAUCCAUUAAAGGAUGGCAGGUAACCAUGGAGGAUGCUGUGAGUAACGAAUUAAAUCUUUUGUGUCCUCAAACAGCUUAAGCAUCUGGAUGUAGCCUAAGUGAGAUAAUGUAAACAUUAGAUGGCUUAAGUGUUCAGUCUCUAAUGUUUCACUGAAUUAUUACAAGCAGGGCAAAUUCUGAUUGGAAGUGAUAAUACAUAGGAACCAAGAGGAAGGACUGGGAAGUUUCAAUUGAUUUGGUUUCCGGGUGAAGCAUAGAUUUGAUUUUGUUACCCUUUGCAAAUAUUUGUGUAUUGUUGUGAAUUUUCUUAGAACCCCAACUGAUGUUGUUUUGUUGCUUGUCAUUUGAAAUUCAGGGUUUCAAAAUGAGGUUACCUUCAAAGCAUUUAAAAUGAGCAAGAUGUAAUGAUGCUGGUAGUGAUUCUAAAAAUGAACAACUGAUGGUGGUUUGUAAACUUUUCAAUGAUUUUUGUUUUGAUUUUAUCAGCAUCAUUUUCCUAGUUGUUUCAUUUGAUUGGGGAUUUAUGAUGUAGGUGU